CGCAAACCUGAUGUUUUCGUCUCAGUCAUCAAAAUGAGAUUCUGGGAUUUAUCAGGAGAACAGGAUCUUCCUCUGUGGGAGCCUGAAGGUCCGUAGAUGAUGAAAACCAGAGACAGCUGCUUUGCGCACGCGGGGAUGGAUCUGAAGGCGAGCUCGGCGGCGAUGGACGCGCUGGUGCGCAUCGGCUCAAACAUGAAGAGUCUGGAGCAGGAGCUGCACUGUCCGGUGUGUAAGGAGAUCGUCAAGCAGCCGGUGGUCCUGCCCUGCCAGCACAGCAUCUGCCUCCUGUGUGCCUCCGAGGUCCUGGUGGCGAACGGAUACCCGCCCCCGGAGCUGCCCCCGGAGCCCAACUCCCCGGCCUCCACCCCCAACAUGCGCUCUCCUCGCCAGAUGCGCCGGCCCGCUCCCAAAGCGGAGCAGCGCCCCAUCGACCGCGUGCUGCGAUCAGGUCCCCACCCCCCCUCACCCUCCAUGCCUCGCUCUCCGGGGGCGUAUCCGGGGCGACGGCGUAAGGAAGCCCCGCCCCUGCUGAUGAUGUUCCCCUGCGUCCCCUGCGGCCGUGAGGUGGAGCUGGGGGAGAAGGGCCUCACCGACUGUCUCCGAAACCUCACCCUGGAGCGCAUAGUGGAGAGGUACAGACACACGGUGAGUCUGGGCAGCGUCGCCGUCAUGUGUCAGUUCUGCAAACCUCCUCAGACCCUGGAAGCCACGAAGGGCUGCGCCGACUGCAGGUCCAACUUCUGCAACGAGUGCUUCAAGCUGUACCACCCGUGGGGAACGCCGCGAGCUCAGCACGAGCACAUCCCGCCCACACUCAACUUCAGGCCAAAGGUUCUGACCUGUCCAGAACACGACCAGGAGAAAAUGCAGUUCUACUGCCGGUCCUGCCAGCGUCUGCUCUGCUCGCUCUGCAAGCUGCGCCGGAUUCACUCCGGACACAAAGUCCUGCCGGUGGCGCAGGCGUACCAAGCCCUGAAGGAGAAAAUUACCAAGGAGAUGAACUACAUUCUGUCCAACCAGGACACGGUUCUGGGGCAGAUCACCCAGCUGGAAAGCGGCAUCACUCAGACAGAGGUGAACAGCGUGUCCGCCAGAGAGCAGCUGGCUCAGAGCAUCCGGGAUCUGACGGCGGCUCUGGCCGAGCGCCACGCCUCCCUCACGCAGGCUCUGGAGGCCGCGCGGCAGAAACGGGGCGAGGCCUUGUCUGCUCAGGUGGCGGAGAGGCGGAGCCUGAUGGAACACGCGGGGCUGAUGGCGUUCACUCAGGAGCUGCUGAAGGAAUCAGACCAGCCGUGCUUCGUGCAGGCUGCACGCCAAACGCACAACAGACUGAGCAAAGCCAUUGAGAAUCUCCAACAUUUCAGUCUGGCUGCCGAUCCGUCCUUCAGACACUUCCAGCUGGAUGUUUCCAAAGAGCUGAAGUUCCUCACUGAGCUGAACUUCAUUCAGGCUCCUCUGGCGCCGGUGAUCGAUACCCAGCGGACGCUGGCCUACGACCAGCUCUUCUUAUGCUGGCGGCUUCCUCCAGAGUCCGCCCCCGCCUGGCAUUACUCGGUGGAGUACCGGCGCCGUGGCGUGGUGCCGGGCGGAGCGUCCAGAGGGGGCUUCAGGGGAGGGCUGGCCGCCGCUCGCUGGGGCUGGCAGCGCUUGGAUGAAGUGAACGGGACGAGCGCCGUGAUCGACAGGCUGGAGAUGGACAGCGUGUACGUGCUGCGGGUGAGAGGCUGCAACAAGGCGGGAUACGGAGAGUACAGCGAGGAGGUGUACCUGCACACGCCUCCUGCUCCAGUUCUGAACUUUUACUUGGACUCUCGCUGGGGUCUCCACGCCGACCGGCUGGUGGUCAGCAAGGAGCAGCGCGGCGCCCGCAGCGUGCCCGGCCUCUCGCUGCUGCAGGCCGCCGACCACGCCCUCACCUCCUGCCACCUGACCUCUGACCUCCUGGUGGGAGAUGUGGCCAUUACCCAAGGACGGCACUACUGGGCGUGCUCAGUUGAGCCCGGAUCUUACCUCGUGAAGGUGGGAGUUGGUCUGGAGUCCAAACUGCAGGAAUGGUUUCACCUUCCACAGGACAUGGCGAGUCCACGGUAUGACCCAGACAGCGGCCAUGACAGUGGCGCCGAGGACGCCUUGGACUCUGCGCCGCCGUUCUGCUUCCUCACGAUGGGGAUGGGCAAAAUCUACCUGCCUCAGCACAGCUACCACCCCCACGGUAACCACGGAAACGGCAACCGGGACCCCAUCAGCAACGGCCCCUCCCCGCCCAAAGGCGUGACGUACCCCCUGCCGCCGCGGCUCGGCGUGUGCCUUGACUUCGAGAAGGGCCGCGUGACCUUCCACGACGCCCACUCCCUGCGGCCGCUGUGGGAGGGGCACGUGGACUGCUCCGGCCCCGUGUGCCCGGCGUUCUGCUUCAUCGGCGGCGGCGCCCUGCAGCUGCAGGAGCUGGUGGCCAACCGGAACGCGGACCAGACCCCGGUCAGACGGGUGACCAUCCAGCCCCGCGUGUCCAACCACAGCAACUGAGGCGGCGAGCCGAGCGGGAAUGUCACGGGAACGUUUAGCUGCAGAACGAGUCGGAUUCUCAGCGAUUUACGUUUUGUAAUUGAUUUUCAUGGAUAAGACGUUUCUAUAGCAACAAAUAUGCAAUGUAAUUAUGUUUCUUACUUUUUUGUUACACGCAGAUCUAUUGCUUAGAGAGUCUGGUGAGUCCAGCACCGUUUUAUCUUGACGCUUGCACCGUUAGUCGGCCUAAUACUGCAGAUAUUUAUACUGCUGAUGGACGUACGGCGACGCCCACUUCCUGUUCCUCAUGUUUGACAUCGUAGGAAUACAGAAAGUCAGGAUCAGCUUAAAGUGAACGAAAAAAACUGAUUGAAAACUUGAAAAACAGACUUUGUGAAUUUAAAAAUGAAAAUUUUAAAUUUUUUGAAACUUCAAAUUGAAAACAGAAAGCUUGAAAUAUAGCUUGAAAAUUUGAGGA